UUACCUGUCUACAUAAUCGAACUGUGAUGGUGUCAGUCUAAAAUGAAUUAACAUGGUGAAAGGAUACCAAAGAAAAAGGCGUAGAGGGCGUCCAGUGCAGGAUGCCGUGGCAACAGCUGCCCAGCAUGUGGCCUCGCUUAAGAAAAGAAGAAUGGACACGGCCAAGGACUUCAGCACCCGUAGAGAAGGACCUGCUGCGGAGGACAGUCCUACCUGUAGAGAAGGCCAUGUUGCCGAGAGGCUGGAGUUGAGUCACGGUCGGGAGAAGGAUCUGGCCUCAUGCAUUUUCACUGCCGCCAGUGUUUAUUUCAGUCUUUCUUCAGAGAAAGUCAGGCGGCUAGCUUACCAGUUUGCAGUGAAACAUCAGCUACCAGUGCCUUCAUCGUGGCGGAAGGACGAGCUGGCGAGUGAAGACUGGCUUUCUGCUUUCCUAAAGCAACACCCCACCCUGCCCAUCACCAGCGAUCGACCCGGCGGUCGACGGGGGUCACAUGGCUUCAACCAAAACAAUGCUGGCCUGUUUUUCAGGAACCUAGAUGAUGUGGCGAAGAGACAUGGCUUUGGACCGGAAGCGAUGUGCUACAUGGAUGAGACUGGGGUCAGCGUAGGCCACAACCCUCCCAGGGUGGGAACGAGGAGGAACUUCCUGAAGGAGGCGGCCAUUACUUCUGCUGAGCAGGGUUGCCUAGUUACCAUGGCAUGUUCCAUCUCCGCUAGUGGGAUGGCAAUUCCACCUUACUUUGUUUUCCCGAGCAGGACAUUCAGACCGGACCCGCUCGCUUCUGCCCCUGUCGGCAGUGGUGGAGGCGCCCACCCCAAUGGUUGGCUGCGGGAGGAACAAUUUCUUGACUUCCUGAGGCAUUUUGUGCGAAAUUCAAAGUGUACCCUUAUGAAGCCUUGUUUACUACUGACGGACAAUCAUGAGUCAUACCUGUCCGUUGAAGCCCUUCAUUUUGCAUUACUAAAUGGAAUAGUGUGGAUGCCGUUUCCCCACGACUGCCCCCACCUGUUGCUUCCCAUGGAGAGGAAUAUCUAUGGGCCCAUUAAAACACACACAAACGCAGCCAUCCAUGGCUGGCUACUCGCUAGUCCUCAAAAAGCGGUGGCAAUUCAUGAUAUCACAGGAAUCAUCACCAGAGUUCUACCUCUGGCCACUACCUCAUACAAUAUCAUGGCUGGGUUUAAGGCUUGCGCUGUCUUCCCACUGAAUCCUGACAUUUUCACUGAUUCCUCCAUCACAGAUGGCCUAAGCCCCUCUGAACCCCAUUCAUAUGGUGAACCCGCGUCUAUACACAAUGGUGGCAUCCGGGACACUCAAAAACACACAUGCAUCGUUGUAGUUCAAGAUGGGCAAGGCAGCACCAGUAGCACCGGCAGCACUCUUGAUCAGCAAGAGCGUUCUCAUUCCCCAGACCUUUCACUACGGUCUCACAUCUCUACUCCACCAGGCUCUUCAACUGCAGGGAACGGCCAGACACCAGGCCUUGUAAAUUCUCCAGAAUCACCGGACGAAGAUGGCGGAUUCUGCCAGGUGUGUACGGAGCCGUUUCAUCAAAGCAACUCGGAGGUGGUGUGUCUGCAGUGUGUGUUGCGCAGAGGGUGGGGACAGGGCGAUGAAGUGGACCUCUCUCUCGUUAUCUCCCCUGUCGGCGAACCUCUGCAUGAUCUUGAAGCAGCUCACAGUACUGCGGGUGCCGCCCACGAUGUCAGUGAUUCGUCGCCUACACGCAGCAUCCAAAGCCACUCCCACUCCCUGAAGGUGGAUCACUUCAGUGCCACUUCUGUGACCCAGCUGCAGAAUGUUCUGGAACCUGUCCACACGACUGAACUUGCCACUCAUGAUGUCAACAACGACACUCUUGACCACGGCCCCACAGACUCCUCACCGACCCCCAGUGAUCAUAACCUCAUCGCUUCUGCGUCAGAUCGCACCGAGAGUGUAGAGAACGGCCAUCACCUCAUCGCCUCAGCAUGCACUAAAGGAGAGCUGCCCCACCCCCACAACACUACAAUGGCCAGCCAUACUGUUGACCACCACCCCCACAACACUACAAGUAUGGCUGACCACCACAUCCACAAAGACUUGGCACCCACCCCUAAUGAACAAGACCACACCCACAAAGACUUGGCACCCACCCCUAAUGAACAAGACCACACCCACAAAGACUUGGCACCCACCCCUAAUGAACAAGACCACACCCACAAAGACUUGGCACCCACCCCUAAUGAACAAGACCACACCCACAAAGACUUGGCACCCACCCCUAAUGAACAAGACCACAUCCACAAAGACUUGGCACCCACCCCUAAUGAACAAGACCACAUCCACAAAGACUUGGCACCCACCCCUAAUGAACAAGACCACACCCACAAAGCGUUGGUGCCUGCUCCCAAAGGCAAAGACCACACCCACAAUUGCUUGGCAUCUGCCCCUAAUUGUCAAGACCAUACCCACAUUCCUUAUGUACAAGACCUCACUCACAAAGACUUUGUGCCCACACUAAAUGGACAAGAGCUCACCCACAAAGAGUUGGUAACCACUCCAAAUGUACAAGACCACACCCACGAAUAUAUCAUACCCAUCCCAAAUGUACAAGAACACACCCACAACAAUGACGUUCCUGCCCGCAAUGAACCAGACCACACCCACAUUGACCCAGUGCCCAUGCUAAAUGGGCAAAACCACACCCAUGAAACUCCAGAUGUUUCAGAAAGUCCGCCGCACAGUCCAACUCCUGAACCGCUGACGCCACCUAGUGGCCAAACGCCACAUGGUCUCGACUCUCAAGAGUCAUCCGACGAAGAGGACGGCCUCUGCCAGGUGUGUAGGGAGCCUUUCCCACACAGCAACUCGGAGGUGGUGUGUCUACAGUGUGUGUUACGCAGGAAAUGGGGACAGGGUGAUGGCACGGACCUCUCUCUCGUUAUUCCCCUCGUCACUGAACCACAGGAUGACCUACGACCUGUCCACGAUGACCUUCAAUCUGCCCACAAUGACCUUAAAACUCUCAGUGAUUCAUCACCCAUUGGCAGCGCCCAAAACCACAUCAACUGUGCACCGGAGCCGACAGGUGUUCUAGAACAUCUGCCCAGUCCGACUCCAGGCCCGUCGACAGCUCCAGGGGGUCUGGACUCCGACUCUUCCGAUGAAGAUGAUGGCCUGUGCCAGGUGUGCAGGGAGCCGUUUGCACACAGCAACUCAGAGGUGCUGUGCCUGCAGUGUGUGUUAAGCCGCAAAUGGGGACACAGUGGGUUAUAA